AUGGCUCACUGGUACAGCCAGACCGUCGAGGCCCUCUCGGCGUCUCUAACAAAUCAUCCCACUCAACUUACACUGCUAGCGACAGCAGGGGUAUCCCUUAGCGUAGGCCUCUUUCUACGUGCUAUUCUGUCCGACGAACCCCGAGAAGGCAGAGUCUAUCAUUCACCCCUAGCUUCUGUGCGGUCAGCCCCAAGCGACAAGGACCACCCUCUGCCACUUGACGCACUUCCAGGGGCAAGAGAUGUACAGACUCCCUACGGCUCAAUGCGCGUCUACGAAUGGGGUCCAGAGGAAGGCCGCAAGGUUUUGCUUGUGCAUGGCAUUACCACCCCGUGCAUUUCACUGGGUGGACUCGCCCAUGCCUUAGUGGAUCAGGGCUGUCGAGUGAUGUUGUUCGAUCUAUUUGGAAGAGGUUAUUCUGAUUGUCCUCCGGACCUUCCUCAGGAUGACCGUCUAUUUGCGACUCAGAUCUUCAUGGCUUUGAGCUCUUCUCCGAUUUCAUGGACAGGAGCCGGGUCUGGCAAAUUCUGCCUCGUCGGUUACUCCCUUGGUGGCGGUAUAGCUGCAGCUUUCGCAUCGUUCUUUCCACAGCUCUUGUCGGCUCUCAUCCUUCUUGCGCCAGCGGGUUUGAUACGAGACUCGCAUAUCAGCUUCAGCACCCGACUUCUUUAUUCAGGCGGCCUACCAACUCGGGUGUUGAAAUUCCUGUCUGGCAGACGUUUGCGUGCAGGUCCCCUUUCUACUCCCAAAGUACCGCAAAGCUCUAAAAAGCUCCAUGCCAGCGAUGUGGCUGCCGAGGAGCUACCUUCGGCAGCGGGAGCUGAAGCUCAAAGACUAUCCCGCUCGCACCCCCAUGUCACUGUCCCCAAUGCGGUUCAGUGGCAGGUGAACGCACAUACUGGGUUCGUUCACGCCUUUGUUUCCAGUAUGCGGUAUGGUCCAAUUCUAGCUCAACGGCAACGCGCAGCAUGGGAGCGCCUAGGAGUAUACCUAUCCGAGCAGCAAAAGAUUUCCCCAGACCAGCAAGAAUCGAAAGGCCUUUCUAGUGACAAGGUUGUCAUCAUGUGCGGCAAGACUGACCCUAUUAUCAUUCAUCAUGAACUGCUCGAUGAUGCUACUGCUGCCCUCGGAAGCGGCGUUGCAUUCAGGUACUUUUCUGCUGGUCACGAGUUUCCCAGCACCAAAUACAACGAGGUUUCCCAAAUUAUUGUUGAAACAUUGUCUUAG